GAGAGGUACCCUUUGUCUGACAAACCCUGAAAAAGAAGCCUCUGGUAGCAGCCCUCUCCUUUCCACCUCCAAGCGUCUGCCGAGCUGCUAGGUGGAGCCCGCAGGCACUCCAGAUCCGGGUUUUGUCGGCCACCCCCUUCCCCGGGCUCGAGCCCCCCUCCGGGGUUCUGGGAGCUCUGCUGCUCGCUCGCCCGCCCGCGGAUGGUUCAUUCUGGCCUCGGCUCGGGCCCCGGCAGAGUCCGCCGCGCGCAAGCUGCAAGGCUCCGGCGCACCCGCGCUCCGACCGGUUUUCAGCGCGUCGCCGCUUCGAUUGCUCGCCUGCCCUCUAGCUCCAGUUCAGGAGCGGGGAUGCAGAUGCUGCGGCUGGUCCGGGUGGGCGCCUCCACUGCCGCCGCCGCUGUCGGCAUUUCCCGGACUGCUUGUUGCCUCGGCUCCCGCAGCUGCUGCCGCUGCUGCCGCCAGUGACUCGCCCCCCUCCCCUUUCUUUCUUCUCUUUUCGCCUCUGUCCUCUUUCUUCGGGUGUGCGCGCGCGCGGGUUGCACGGUUUGCUUUGGCAGAAGCUCGCUCGUGUGUGCGCGUGUGAGUGUGCUUGUCUGGAGAGCGCCAGAGCCUCGCUCGCUUUUGGGAGUCGAAGAAGAGAAAGAACCGAAGCGGCGGCGGCGGCGCGGAGCCCGGGCCGCGCGAUGAAGCUCCCACAUGCCCGCAGCUGCCCGGCCCGACCGGCGAGCUAAUCAGCCACCUCCCGGGCUCGGGGCUCGCCAGCCCCCGGGACGCAGCCCUAGGCGGCAGGGCACCCGCUCUGCCCGCGCGUCCCCGCGGUGCACCCGGGAAGGAGUUUGCGUGGCUCUCGCUCCAGCUCUCAGCACAGGUUGCGGGCGCGAGAGCGGACCCUCGGCUGGGAGAGAACCUUGGGGGGAGGAGGAGGAAGAAGAGGAGGAGGGUUUGGCGGAGAAGCCACCCCUGGCCCUCGCGGCUCCCCCUACCUAUUCCAUCACUCCCGCUCCGAGGCGGAGAGAGGAGGACGAGGAAGAAGAAGAAAAAGAAAGAGAAGGGGGGUGGGGUGGGAGAACUGGAUAUAAAGAUCGGCUGGGGGGAUGGUGGAAGAUUUUUGGUCUCCUCAGCAGCGUCUUUUCUUAAGCGGCGGCGGCGGCGGCGGCGGUGGCGGCGGCGGCAGCAGCAGCAGCAAGAAGAGAAGCAGCUCCAGCUAUGACUGCCGCAUGUUAAUAGCUGCCACUUGGGUUCCUGGACUGCCGCUGGAGACUGAGCCUGACUCCGAAGUUGUGCAACUGUGAACUGGGAGAGACAUUUGAACCCUCCUUUCUCUUUGCUCCGCUUUUGGCCCCUUGGGGUGUGUGAAGAGGAAACGUAAAGGACGACAAGCAUUUGGCUUUCCCCCUUUCUCUUUCUCCAUGGCUGUGUAGCACAAGAAAGGGAAGAGAGACUUUUGUUGUUGUUUCCUUGACUGGGGUCUCCACCCUCCUGCUGCCUCCUCUGUGCUUUACCAUUUUUUGCCGCCUGUGGUGGGGGUGUCUUCGCCGGGGCCAGUCCAUCCUUCGCCCCGGGCUCAAUGGCUGGAUUGUGGAAACUGCACCCCGCUGCAGGUUGUUGAGCAACUGAUGGGACGAUCUCAGGGACCGGCGGUUACAGAAGGAAUGUUUACUUUGUUAAGUCGGAGGAAAAAACAUGGAUUUUUAGCAAUCGAAGAACAAACUAAGAUUUCAUAUUUGGGAUAUUGGUGUUUCAAUUUCUGAGGAAUUUUUCUUUUACUUUUUGAGUUCUUUUUUUUCUUUUACAUCAUCAAUCUUGGAGUACAGAAGAGGAACCAUAAACACAGUGACUUUGUUUCACGUUUGAAACACACAUUCUUGAGGAAGUCUCACACCUUGAGUCCACAGCCAUGUGGCCAUCACAGCUACUAACCUUCAUGAUGCUCUUGGCACCAAUAGUUCAUGGUGGCAAGCACAGUGAGAGACAUCCAGCCCUUGCUGCUGCACUGCGACAUGCUGAGCGCAGCCCAGGAGGCGCUCUACCACCCCGACAUCUCCUUCAGCAGCCAGCUGCGGAGCGCGCUACUGCUCAUCGUGGACAAGGGCCUCGUGGAGCUGCCAGAGGAGUUCGUGGUCCAGGUGCCCAAGGAGCACAGAUUGCAGCCCAAGCUUUCAGCCGAGCCCCAAUCCCAAUGGCGGUGGUCCGCAGAGAGCUCUCCUGUGAGAGCUACCCCAUUGAGCUCCGCUGUCCAGGAACGGACGUCAUCAUGAUCGAAAGUGCAAACUACGGGAGGACUGACGACAAAAUCUGUGACUCCGACCCUGCUCAGAUGGAGAAUAUCCGAUGUUAUCUGCCAGAUGCCUAUAAGAUUAUGUCUCAAAGAUGCAAUAACAGAACCCAGUGUGCAGUGGUUGCAGGUCCUGAUGUUUUUCCGGACCCAUGUCCAGGAACCUAUAAAUACCUUGAAGUGCAGUAUGAAUGUGUCCCUUACAAAGUGGAACAAAAAGUUUUUCUUUGUCCUGGACUACUAAAAGGAGUGUACCAGAGUGAACAUUUGUUUGAGUCUGACCACCAGUCUGGGGCAUGGUGCAAAGACCCUCUGCAGGCUUCUGACAAGAUUUAUUAUAUGCCCUGGACCCCCUACAGAACUGAUACCUUGACUGAAUAUUCAUCCAAAGAUGACUUCAUUGCUGGAAGACCAACUACUACCUACAAGCUCCCUCAUAGGGUGGAUGGCACAGGAUUUGUUGUGUAUGAUGGAGCUUUGUUCUUCAAUAAAGAGCGCACGAGGAACAUAGUAAAAUUUGAUUUGAGGACUAGGAUAAAGAGUGGAGAGGCUAUCAUAGCAAAUGCCAAUUACCAUGACACCUCCCCUUACCGAUGGGGAGGCAAAUCUGACAUAGACCUGGCAGUGGAUGAAAAUGGGCUCUGGGUCAUCUAUGCAACAGAACAAAACAAUGGUAAAAUCGUCAUUAGUCAAUUGAACCCUUAUACCCUACGGAUUGAAGGGACAUGGGAUACUGCAUAUGAUAAAAGGUCAGCAUCCAAUGCAUUUAUGAUUUGUGGGAUUCUGUAUGUGGUCAAAUCUGUAUAUGAGGAUGAUGACAAUGAGGCCACCGGGAAUAAGAUUGACUACAUUUACAAUACCGACCAAAGCAAGGAUAGUCUGGUGGAUGUUCCCUUUCCCAAUUCAUAUCAGUACAUAGCAGCUGUGGAUUACAACCCCAGGGACAACCUACUCUAUGUGUGGAAUAACUAUCACGUCGUGAAAUAUUCCUUGGAUUUUGGACCUCUGGAUAGUAGAUCAGGACAGGCACAUCAUGGACAGGUUUCCUACAUCUCUCCACCAAUUCACCUUGACUCUGAACUGGAAAGACCCCCUGUUAGAGGAGUCUCUACCACAGGACCUCUGGGCAUCGGAAGCACCACCACCAGUACCACCCUUCGAACCACAACUUGGAGCCCAGGAAGGAGUACCACUCCAUCAGUGUCAGGAAGAAGGAACCGGAGCACCAGCACCCCAUCUCCAGCUGUGGAGGUUCUUGAUGACAUCACCACACACAUCCCGUCAGCAUCCUCCCAGGUCCCAGCUCUGGAAGAGAGCUGUGAGGCUGUGGAAGCUCGAGAAAUCAUGUGGUUUAAGACCCGUCAAGGACAAAUAGCAAAACAGCCAUGUCCUGCAGGAACUAUAGGUGUAUCAACUUACCUAUGCCUUGCUCCUGAUGGAAUUUGGGAUCCCCAAGGACCAGAUCUCAGCAACUGUUCUUCUCCUUGGGUCAAUCAUAUAACACAGAAGUUAAAAUCUGGAGAGACAGCUGCCAAUAUUGCUAGAGAGCUAGCUGAGCAAACCAGGAAUCACCUGAAUGCUGGUGACAUCACCUACUCAGUUCGUGCCAUGGACCAGCUGGUAGGCCUCCUGGAUGUCCAGCUCCGGAACUUGACCCCAGGGGGAAAGGACAGUGCUGCCCGCAGUUUGAACAAGCUUCAGAAAAGAGAGCGCUCUUGCAGAGCCUAUGUCCAGGCAAUGGUCGAGACAGUUAACAACCUCCUUCAGCCGCAAGCUUUGAAUGCUUGGAGAGACCUGACUACAAGUGAUCAACUACGUGCAGCCACCAUGCUGCUUGACACGGUGGAGGAGAGUGCCUUUGUGCUGGCUGAUAACCUUUUGAAGACUGACAUUGUCAGGGAGAACACAGACAAUAUUCAACUAGAAGUCGCAAGGCUGAGCACAGAAGGAAACUUGGAAGACCUAAAAUUUCCAGAAAAUAUGGCCCAUGGAAGCACUAUUCAGCUUUCUGCAAAUACUUUAAAGCAGAAUGGCCGCAAUGGAGAGAUCAGAGUGGCUUUUGUCCUUUAUAACAACUUGGGUCCUUAUUUGUCCACGGAGAAUGCCAGUAUGAAGUUGGGAACAGAAGCUAUGUCUACAAAUCAUUCUGUUAUUGUUAAUUCACCUGUUAUCACAGCAGCAAUAAACAAAGAGUUCAGUAAUAAGGUUUAUUUGGCUGAUCCUGUGGUGUUUACAGUUAAACAUAUCAAGCAGUCAGAGGAAAAUUUCAACCCUAACUGUUCAUUUUGGAGCUACUCCAAGCGCACAAUGACAGGUUAUUGGUCAACUCAAGGCUGUCGGCUUCUGACGACAAAUAAGACACAUACUACUUGCUCUUGUAACCACCUAACCAAUUUUGCAGUACUUAUGGCACAUGUGGAAGUUAAGCACAGUGAUGCAGUCCAUGACCUUCUUCUGGAUGUGAUUACAUGGGUUGGAAUUUUGCUGUCUCUUGUUUGUCUCCUGAUUUGCAUCUUCACAUUUUGCUUUUUCCGCGGGCUCCAGAGUGACCGGAACACCAUACACAAGAACCUCUGCAUUAGCCUCUUUGUAGCAGAGCUGCUCUUCCUCAUUGGAAUCAACCGAACUGACCAACCAAUUGCCUGUGCGGUUUUCGCUGCCCUCUUACAUUUCUUCUUCCUGGCUGCCUUCACCUGGAUGUUCUUGGAGGGCGUGCAGCUCUACAUCAUGCUGGUGGAGGUUUUCGAGAGCGAGCACUCGCGAAGGAAGUACUUCUACCUUGUGGGGUAUGGGAUGCCCGCGCUCAUUGUGGCUGUGUCUGCGGCUGUGGACUACAGGAGUUAUGGGACAGACAAAGUAUGUUGGCUCCGACUUGACACCUACUUCAUUUGGAGUUUUAUAGGACCAGCGACCUUGAUAAUUAUGCUUAAUGUAAUCUUCCUUGGGAUUGCUUUAUAUAAAAUGUUUCAUCAUACUGCCAUACUGAAACCUGAAUCAGGCUGUCUUGAUAACAUCAACUAUGAGGAUAACAGACCCUUCAUCAAGUCAUGGGUUAUAGGUGCAAUAGCUCUUCUCUGCCUGUUAGGAUUGACCUGGGCCUUUGGACUCAUGUAUAUUAACGAAAGCACAGUCAUCAUGGCAUAUCUCUUCACCAUUUUCAAUUCUCUACAGGGAAUGUUUAUAUUCAUUUUCCAUUGUGUCCUACAGAAGAAGGUACGAAAAGAGUAUGGGAAAUGCCUGCGAACACAUUGCUGUAGUGGCAAAAGUACAGAGAGUUCCAUUGGCUCAGGGAAAACUUCUGGUUCUCGAACUCCUGGACGCUACUCUACAGGCUCACAGAGCCGAAUUCGUAGAAUGUGGAAUGACACAGUCCGAAAACAGUCAGAGUCAUCUUUUAUUACUGGAGAUAUAAACAGUUCGGCAUCACUCAACAGAGGAGCCAUGGCUAAUCAUCUUAUAAGCAAUGCUCUGCUUCGUCCGCAUGGUACUAACAAUCCCUAUAAUACAUUGCUUGGGGAACCGGCGGUCUGUAACAACCCUUCUGUCAGCAUGUACAACGCACAAGAGGGGCUUCUGAACAAUGCCAGGGAUACAAGUGUCAUGGAUACUCUACCACUGAAUGGUAACCAUGGCAAUAGUUACAGCAUUGCCAGCGGCGAGUACCUGAGCAACUGUGUGCAAAUUAUAGACCGUGGCUAUAACCAUAACGAGACCGCCCUAGAGAAAAAGAUUCUGAAGGAACUCACUUCCAAUUACAUCCCUUCUUACCUGAACAACCACGAGCGUUCCAGUGAACAGAAUAGGAAUCUGAUGAACAAGCUGGUGAAUAACCUCGGCAGUGCAAGUGAAGAUGAUGCCAUUGUCCUGGAUGAUGCCACGUCCUUCAAUCAUGAGGAGAGUUUGGGCCUGGAACUCAUUCACGAGGAAUCUGAUGCUCCUUUGCUGCCCCCAAGAGUUUACUCCACGGAGAACCACCAGCCACACCACUACAGCAGAAGGCGGAUCCCCCAAGACCACAGUGAGAGCUUUUUCCCUUUGCUAACCAACGAGCACACAGAAGAUCUCCAGUCACCCCACAGGGACUCUCUCUACACCAGCAUGCCAGCACUGGCUGGUGUGCCUGCCGCAGAGAGCGUUACCACCAGCACCCAGACCGAACCCCCAGCGGCCAAAUGUGGUGAUGCCGAAGAUGUUUACUACAAAAGCAUGCCAAACCUAGGCUCCAGAAACCACGUCCAUCAGCUGCACACUUACUACCAGCUAGGGCGCGGCAGCAGUGAUGGAUUUAUAGUUCCUCCAAACAAAGAUGGGACCUCUCCAGAGGGAAGUUCAAAAGGACCUGCUCAUUUGGUCACUAGUCUAUAGAAGAUGACACAGAAAUUUAAACCAACAAAACUGCUAACACCUUGUUGACUGUUCUGAGUUGAUAUAAGCAGUGGUAAUAAUGUGUGUACUCCUAAAUCUUUAUGCUGUUCUCAAAAGACAAACACAAACUCUCAGACUUUUUUUUUUUUUUUUUUUUUUAACUGGGAUUUUUAGGUCAGCCCAGGGGAGAAAGAUCACUGCUGAAACUCCCCUGUGCCCUUUCCUUUCUUGUCCUUACCCCCUCAGAUGGAGACUUCAUUAUGUUAAUGAACGAGAUAUGAAGAAAAUGACACUCAUUGUGGCCUUGUUGAAUUAUGUUGUGUUUGUUUUAACAUCUCUGAUGCUCUGUUACUAUAAUUACAAGGACCUGAUUUUUGAAAGGCCAGAACAAUUGUUUGAAAUUAGUAACAAUGCUGCAUCUAGAUUGGAGUGCUGCACAAACAAACAUAAAAGUGAAGCAAAACUGUAUCACAUAGUGGUUUAUGGUCACUCACCACCUGUUCACCACAGCGAGAAUAGCUGUGGAAAAACAAAACAACAAAAUCAAUAAUGAAAUGGAGGGGAAUUCUAGAAUUAUAUGCUAAAUGCAUAUUUUAUGAUUUGCUGUAUUAACUGAUGAUAAAACUAAUGGCAGAAAAAAUUGAACAAUUUCUAUGUAAUGUACAGAUACUAGCAUUGCACAUAUAGUCUGCUUUCUGUUCCUCCAGAAUUUGAGUCCUGUUAAUGUAGUGGGAAAAAAAAAAAAAGAAAUUUUCUUUUUCUUUUGUGCUAGUCUUGCAAGUUUGUCUACCAGUAAAAAAAAAAGCAAAGUUUCCUUCUCUUUUUUUUCUUUCUUCAUUUUCUUUUUCUUUGCUUCCCACCCCCCCCUUUUUUUUCCCUUUAAAAUAUCACCUGGGAAAUAAAUAAAUAAAUAAAUAAAACUAUCACUUUAUAAGAAUCAUUUUCUAGUAAUGCAAACAAAUUAUUUUUUACAAAAAAGAAAAUAAAAUAAAUAAAAUUAGAUUACCUUCCCUCACUAUAUAUCUUUAUCCAGCCAGAAGAUUUCCAACAGCAUUUUUGCAAAUUAGAGCAGGACGAACUUUCAUGUUUACAGGGCACAUCUGUUGUAAUGCAAAGCAUAUUUGGCAAGCAGUUCAUCACAAAGACAGUAGCUAUGAUUCUAGAAGUCAAGAGGUGUCUAUAGGACUAGUGGGGCUUCUGCAUGUGAAAAACGGUAUUUCAUAGACAAUAAAGUGCUGAAUGCUCAGUCUGUCCCCAAGCGGGCACCUGCACUACCAAGUUUUAGAGGAAAUUCACUCCCUGGUAGUAAGAAUUGAAAGGUCAAAUUAUUUUGAAGUGAUUUUUUUUUAAAGUCUUCUGUUUAUUAACAGGAAAAUUUAUUUAUUUGACAGGAUUUUAAGUAAUGUAGGAAUACAAGAGGUAAAUUAGCAGCACAUAUAAUUUUUUUUAAAUUUAUGAUCCAUUUUGUAUGGUCUCAAAGUUGGAUGACCUCAUUACUAAUAUUUGUUGUAAAAGUGAAACUUGUUUGCCAACCAAUAAACAACUGAUUGAGAUUAGAAGAUAUUGUAUUGAUGUAUGUACUAUAUUAUUAAUUUUCCUUUUCAUUUUUCUCGCCUUUCAUUCCCUCUGUUUUCAGUAGAUAAACUUUGCUAAACCUCUGUAACCCACAUGAGACAUGAAAAAGUAAUCAAUCUGACUCAAUGAAUAACCUAAGCACAAAAUGAUAAUCAUUUUUGUCGACAAAGUCAAUCAGAAAACGGGAUGGGCAUCUUUAUGUGGGCUAAAAUAAGAUGCAUAACUUACUCUCAAGCAGGUUUAACAUAUAGGUUACUGUGUGCCUAUUUAUAAACCAGCUGUAGUUACUAUGCUUAUUUUAAAAAGAAACAGAUGUAAUCAGAUUCAAAUAUCAAGUUGCAAAGGAAUCAUUUUUCUUCUUUUGUAAGCUCCAUUUUGAUAAAGUUAGAAAUUUAAAUUCACUCAACUGGCUAAAAGCUGCAAGAAUCAUGGCAAAGAAAACAUUUAAAGGGCACUAUAAACCACUUUUUGUGCCAAUUUUUUCUUGUUCUAAAGGAGGAAAAAAAAAGUCCUUUCAAAGAAACUUUCUUGAUCUUCAGUUGCUCCAGAUCCUUUUCCAACAGUGUUCAAGCACAGAGUCCCUCCUAAGCAAAGUUACAAUGAACUUGCCAAUUUUUAAUUUCUCUUGUCCUAUGCCUUGGAGUUUUAUUUUUCAAAAAUCUACAUGCCACCCAUCUAUAAAUGAUUUUCUUAAAUCAAGAUGAGAAAGAGUAGUUUAGAGAAUGGCCAGUAAUCCAUACAUAGUUUAAAAAUAUAUGAGGAAAGAAAGUUUUACUGGGCAGAGUACUUCUUAACUUUGUUAUCACCUCAAAAUAUCUUACCUAUAAUUUCUUUGAUAAGAAUUUUUCCUUAAGUUGGAGGAGUAUCACAGGUUUCAGCAAUAAUGAAGUUUCCCUAACACCACACAGUGGCCAUAUUAGUGCCUGAAAGGUGUUUAACUUACCUGAUGCCUAGAUUAUAUUUGGCCAGAAAAGAACCCUUCUUUGACAUGUUUAAUGUAACUCCAAAACACACAUGUUGUCUGUGGAUUGUGAGUGCUUACCUUGUUUUGACAAACAGUAAUAUGUUAUAGAAGCAUCUCUAAAUUAAGAAGCUAGAUUCACAGAACAAUGGGGAAACUACCUCAAUUCAGCUUGCUGAUUUUCUGAUAUUGCUACCUCCCUGCUUGUGAUCUUUUGUGUUUCAUUAUGUGGAAAUUUGAAGCAGGUAGCCUGCCCAGCUCUACAUAGACCAAGUGGAAGAAAGAUCACUUGAAGACAUAAACUGGUACAAAAGUCUAUGCAGUACAAUAGGUUACUACCAAGCUCUUGCAUCAAGAUGAAAGGGUGAGAUAUUUUUACCUCUCCUACGUCAUAAUUGGUGUGUUUUCAGAGAAAACUAAGUUCCCAAAGAUUUUCACAGAAAGAGAUUUUUCCUCCAAAUUUGAUGUGACAUUAUGAAAAGAUAGUGGAUAGUUAAUUGCACAUAUAUUUCAAUAGAAAUUUGCAUAGAAUAUGUAGUCAUUUAAUCCUAUGUACACUAGCAAGGAUUCAAUUCCUGAAUUUCAGUUGUUUCCCCAAAUGCCUUUUUUCAAGCAAAGCUACUGAUGAAUUAAUAAUUUUAUUUUUUCUUUAUUUCUAUCCCUUGUGUUGAUUCCAUUUUUCUAAUAGUUUAUGAAAUUCAUUAUUUACCUAUCUGAAUAUUUCAAAUGUAUUUGGUUUCUGUCCAACAGACACAAUGUACAUGCAUAGCACGUUAUUUAACAAGCUGAAAGUAAAAGUUAAUUAUUGCUUCUUGGUAAAAUAACAUUUUAUAAUGUUUUACUUGCAUUUUCUUUUUUCUUUGAAAUCUAAGCAACAUGAUAUUUUGUCAGGACACUAGCUAAUGAACCUCAUAAUGGAUUGUUCCAAAACCUGUUCCUAAUUGAUAAUAUUUAUGAUGAAAACCAAAUUUUGGGAAGGAAAAAUAGGUUGAAAUUUCAGUUAAAAUUUAUGAGCAUCCCUCAUUGUUUCCAUUCUGUUAAAGCUGAACUUCUGGAGUUGAAUAAUAAAGUAGUAUGCUAAAAUUAUAAUAAUGACAAAAGAGAAAUGGCAUGAGAACAAUUUUAUUAAAGGAAAAAUAAUAAGGCAAAUAUAUUAAUCAAAAGGAAAUAAUAGAAAUACCCUUAACUCCCUGUAAAAAAUUCACAAUGACUCUAAAUUGAAAAUUUCAAAAUUCCCAUUAUAAUAUGAAAAUAUCGACAUUGAAUGAUCUUUAAAUUUAUAUUUUAAAAUUUUAAUAUUAACAGUUGCUGUGAUAAAACUUUUCAUAAUAAUGGAGAUAAGCAUAUCAAGGAAUUGGUAACACUGAUAAAGAUCCAUAUAAUUAAUUUUAGGCAAUAUCUUCAGUUUUUCCCUGAAAUGUGUUCAAGUCCACUGACCAGUUUACUUAAAGAUCAAUGUUAAAAACUUCUGUGACUGACUUUCUGCAUUAUUAUAUAGACCAAAAAGAAGAGGAAAAAUAGUGUCUGAAUUGUCAAUUCUCAACUAAAAAUACUGUCAUCCCAUAUUAAUGAAAAUAUUUUUUAAAAAUUGUUCAUUAGUACUGUACCAAAGUGCUACUAUUUAGAAUUUUUUUGGAAACAAAGUAAAACACUGUUGAACUACAAAUGCAUGCCAAUUCAAACACAGAGAAUGAAAAACAAAAACCAAAUUUAAUCUGGUUUUGAGCAAAUAUGAGGAUACUGGCAUGAAUGUUCUUUCUUUAACAAAUAUACUGAGAUAAAAUAGCAAUACAUACGAACUUCCCAGUGUAAUGUAUUCCAAGGUAUUAAGAAAUAAUUAGUUCAUUUUUAGUAAUUCAUAAAACUCAGCACGUCAGUCAUUGCUAUGCAUUCCUAAAUAAUACCUUACAUCUCAUGUUAGAUUUCUAAACAUUGAAAAGUCAGAAAGGUGGAUGCUUAAACUGCAAAACAGUUUAUGGAAGUGUUUCUGUGCAAAUGAAUUCUAUGUAAGACCCUUUGAGCUCAUAAAAUGGAUUCAUGAGAUCAUAAAAGUACAUCUAAUUUUGUAAUAAGCAAAAAAUGUCUAUCUUCAGCCACCUGAAAAAUAUUAUUAGACAUCUAAAUUUUUAUUUAUAGCCUAGAAGUGAAAAUGUUGAUAGGUGUUUCUUUCCUGGUUCAGUCAUAAGACAAACUUCUAUUUACUAAUAUACUCUGAUCACAUCCUCUUUGCUUUAAAAGGGAAACCGGUCUUUAAAAUCCACCUACACACACUUACAUACCAUAAUUCCUCUUAUUUAAAACUUUCAGAGAAAAUUAAUUACAAUUAUUGCAAACUUUGUGAUUUUCAUAAUAAAACAGGUGGUUAAUAGAGUUUUACAUUUUCUUGUUUGAAAUAUUUAUUGCUAUUCUUUUUAAAUUGUUUUUAAAGUCAGCACUUCUUUAACAUCUAGCUCCUUUAAGUUAAAUAUCUUGUUAUCUAACAUUAGAAUAUUUCUUUCUCUUAAUAUUAUGUCAUCUGCAUUUUUCUCAUUUGAUAACUUGUGCCUCUUUAUAGUAUUGCAAAGGCAAACAGCAAACUAUGAUUCAUAAGACGCGGGACACUAUAUACAAAAAAGACCUCUCGUGAAAAACAACACUUUUCAACUACAAUAUGAACAGAAGAACAGAACCAAGUUGGCAAGACUUAAUUUAGGUAACAGGACCUAAAUUAGAAUUAUACAGGAAAGGCUUUAGGAAAAAUAAUGAAAUCAUAUAUCAUGAUAAAAAUCUUAUAUAAUGUACCAAAUGCUGAUUUAUUGAUAAAUAUUAAUUUGAAGUUUACCAUAUUAUAAUUUCAUCCUGCUAAUGACACAGAAAACACUAUAUACUUCUAGCACUCUUUAGAUAUUUCUUGUCUAGCUAAACCUUGUCUCAAGAAAAAAAUCAAUAUUUUAUAAAUGUUUUAAAAAUAUAAGUAUAUUGCCUCAAUUCACCUUCAUUCUCUAAUCUACUGACUCUAUUGUACGGCAACACAGUUAAUGCUACUAGUAGCUUUGUACCUUUUAGAACUUUAUUAUGAAUCUAAUAAUCAUUAAAUUAAUAUUAUAUUGGAAUUAUGUACAUUGUGCAAAACAACUCAUAAGCAAUAUUCAUAUUACAGGAUAAUAUAUACAUGAAUAUUACCUUAAGGCUGAAAAAAAUAACUACACUGCUGAAAAUUUUAUUCUCAAGUCCUCUCUUCAAUUAUUGCAGUCAAUUCAUUGAAUUUUGCAGGCAGUUGUGCACAUGGUGGAUUAUCAAAGGACCACAUAAUCCAAAUGCAUCUGAAAGUACAUCCAAUGCUCCUUUCAUUCUAAACGCUAAAAGAAAAGCUUGAAAGAAGAGGAAAGUAGACUUCUAAGGAUCCAAUUUAAACAUGGUCAUUCAGAUUGAAUAAUUUUAAAAUGAGAAGGCUACACUUUGAUCUAAGGAAAAGCUUACAAAAGAUUUACUGAGUCAAAAAUCAGAAGAUUAUAUAUUUAAAGGAGUUCAGUUGGUCUCAAUUGCCCAAGAUUGCAAAAAUUCAUAAUACAUUGGAAAGGAAAUAUCUUUAAAAUCCAAGCCAAGCCUAAAUAUCACUUUUUAAAAUUUAAAAAUUCCUCUGAUUCUUCUGACAGAGGCAAAAUAAUCAUGACCCCAAAACAAAAUACACUGAUUGACCUCAAAAGAUAUUCGGCAAACAUCAAUGGUAUGCCUCUAUUUCAUGUACAAACAGAGAAACAAGAUGUAUCCCAAUUGUUUACAAUAAAAAUAAAUUUAAAAAAUAAAAAAGAUAUUUGGCAAAAUUUGUGUAUCAACUACCUUUUAAUACUAGGUAGAGAUCGUUGAGAUUGGAACUCAGUAUGAGGGACUAGGAUAGUGUCCUCAUGUGCUAACAACUGCCUGAUCCUCUUGAGUGUGUUUUUGAUGCCUUUCAAUUGUCCCAAUGGCUUAUGCUUUGACCUUUUGAAUCAUUUAAAGUUAGUUUCCAUGUGUUAUUUGACAAUAAAGAUUUUCCUCUAUCAUUCUAGUGAUAAAAAGUGGUAUGUCUUUAAACAGCUGUAGAUAAUCAGAUGCAUUCUUUUAUAAAUAAAUCUCAUUUGUUUGUAUAUUCUAACACUGACCUUUGCCUGUGACCUGUAAAAUCAAGAUCUGUAGAGUCAGGUUAAUCUCCCUUCAUUUGGCUUCUGUGAAUGCACUGGAAGUGGACAGGUAAUUUGGAAGAUUUUCCAUACCGUAUUCCCCCUCACCGAACAUUAAAUCUAAUUAAAGAUGUAUCUUUUAAAAACACAAUAGUAUACUUAAAAAAACUAACAACUAAUUGAGCUACUCCUCACUGUCAAGAAAAAUCACCAUUCAAAACAAAAAUCUAGCUAAUGCAGCUUUGGUCUCUUAGGAUUCUCAUAUAUCUCCACAUGGCAUUAUUCUUAUCAUAUACACCUACCAGAUUUCAAGUUAUUGGAUUUUUUUCCCUUGUACAACCGUUUCAUCCUUUUAAAAAAAUGCUCUGUACAAUCACAUGUAAAAUCAUGAGCUACAAACCUCAAUAAAAAAUAUCAG